GUCCCUGGUCUUUUCAUACUUAUAACUGGAUACAUCGUCAUGUUCCUGGAAUUUCCACCUGACACAUCCCCAUGACCUCAAGGUUCGCUUAUCAAUGUUUGUUUAAGUAUAUUCCGAAGCGUCACGGCCUUCGUCACUGACAUGGUGGUCACAGUGUAAUCUGUGUAGUGUAGCUAUGGAUUGUGACAUCCUACACGUCACAUAAGAGGCCUACUUAACAUGACAACGUUACAGAUUUAGUCCGUUAUUCAAGUCUGAAGUGCAGUUUAAUGUAUGAGUUUCCACCUUUAUGGUACAACGAUGGCUGCUGAUGAAACCAUUACAAAAUCUGGUCGAGAGACUCUUGUCUUACCAUUGGAUGAAAGUCUGGCAUCUUCUCUUCAAACAAACGUAGACUAUCAACAUGAGACUGAAAUAAGUUUGGAAGGUGAGGCUGGGCUAGAGAGGCAUCUAUCACUAUGCACCAAACAUCCCAAACAUAAAGAAUUCAUUCCAGUCCAUCGUUUUUCCAUCCAUGACCUACCAGAAGACUAUCAAGAUGUCGACAUAGUCAAACUUGUACAAACUUUGGCCGCGCUGACCGUAAGAGUCAGUGUGACGUAUACCAGCUUGAACCGGCCCCAAUUUCAUCCACGCUCCAACGCCAAGUAUCCGAUGUACGAGUUGAGGGGAAAGUCCGUACUCCGGACGGGGUCUGGAAGAAUUUGGGGAGUUCGGAAAUACACGGAGGACAGCUGCCCAUGUAGCAAGUGCAAGAGUCGCGGUGAGGCCAGCAAGGUGUGGGGUCGUGUGUACGUCUAUACCGCCACUCAUGUCGUGUUCGACAGCUCAGAAGGCAUGUGCUCGGAGGUCCUUUGGGGAUACGACGAGGUAAGGCGGAACGCUAAAGUCAUUCAAGGCGUCGCUGCGGGUGUUUUUGGUGACUUGGAACGCGACCGGUGUAUCCUUAACUGCGUGACGUGUGAUGAGGAUCUUCUGGACAAGCUGGCGCAACUUGUGACAGACUACAAGAAACUUUACAUUCGUGUGUUUAAGAAGUACAGCUCCAGCGCCAGGGAUGACCGGCUGACUGUAGUGGUCUCUCAUCCCCAUGGCCGCGCUAAAGCUGUGACAGUCGGUUGUUGGAUCAACAGACACAAUUUCAGUGACCAGCGUGGACUCAUAGACACUACCUACACUUAUAAUGCCGCCACGUGCGCGGGAAGCAGCGGUGCACCAGUGUUUCUCUUAGGCAAGGUAUGGUACACCUUAGCCCACAGUGGCACAAGUACCAAUGGAAACUACAGCAGCGGAGGUUGGGGUGUCUGAAUAGCACAGAUUGUUAUAUUUUGUUUAAGUAAUCAACUCUAUUAAAAAAGAGUCAAUGUCAUGAUAAUAAAAUACUGAGACAGAAAAAUAAAAGCACAUUUCUUAUUCCAUAUGCUCUACAACACAUUUGUACACGUGCUCCAUCUUCCCUGUUAUUAUUAACACAUUAAAUGGGUUGCCUAAAUUAGGAGAAGAAAUGACUUUAAACAGUCAGCACAUGGAUGCAGGCAGGACGUAAUUAUCUUAUCUUUUGAAGAAACGUAUCUAAUCAAUGAGACAAGAAGAUAAGAUAAGAUUAUGUUUAUUCACACUCUGAGAUGAGAUCGUUAGACAAAUACUGAGAAUAGUCCGACUUCGACUCACAAUUCUAACAUUUCUCUGCUUCGAUACUAGGGCGAAACUCUGUUAUCAUUCCAAAACACUACGUCUAGGUCUUGUCUAGGUCAGUGCACAAAACAGUGCGUACUUUUGAUUGUUGUGUGCAAUGACAAGUUGAAACAAUAUGCUUUUAGUGCACCGUAGCAUAAAGCAUUUCUUUCUUCCUCUUAGCGUCAGUCUCCUUGAGACCUGAGUCUCUGUUAUAUCUUUGAUAUUUGUACUACUUAUUGUGUUAAAAAAACGUACACCUUUAGUUUUGUAUUCAUUAAAGUAUUAUUAUUGAAAGCUCCACUACCUUAUAAUUGGAAUACUCAAAUAUACAUAAAAAUGUUCAUAUAAAAAUGCAAUUUUUCUGACAUAGCUUGUGAUAUAAUGGGCGUAUUUCAAUGCUGUUGUACAUACAUGUAAUUUGUUAACUGGUUAAUAAAAUAUGACAUGCUGUGA